ACCGAGCACCGUUCGUGGGGCGGACGCUAAGGUCCGGAACCAACAGUGAGCAAGCGCCAGCCGAAGCGGAAGAGAAAUACAACGGAGGUUGGGGGGAGGGUCUGGCGCCAUUCUGGACCGCGCUGCGCAAAUGGAGGCGGUUGAAGAGCGAGUGGAAAGCCCUGCGGGUCGCACGCUGAGCCCUGAAGAAUUGUUUUUAGCACGAUCCUGCGAUCACAAGAUUCCCCAGCGGACUCAUGGCCAGAAGGACUUCAUCCCAGAUAACUCUGAAGAGCAAGCGGAGAAGCUACAGGUGUGUCAAGAGGAACAGUGGCAGCUUCUGUCUGAAGAACGAGUGGAGCGACUAGGGAGCCUGAUAAAAGCAGAAUGGAAACCCCAGGAGGGCAUCGUAGAGCUGAAGUCCAACGCAGGGAAAUUCUGGCACACCAUGGGGCAUGUGGAAGAAGGGAAACAACUGCUCUAUCCUGAGGAAGCACUGUACCUUCUUGAGUGUGGGUCCAUUCAGCUAUAUUACAGGGAUCAGCAACUAUCCAUUCAAGAAGCAUAUGAAGUUUUACUGUCGACAAGAACUAUUCCAUUGGAACAGUAUCAGGUUUACAGCCAUUUGAAAAGACUGGGUUAUAUUGUCAUGCGAUUUGAUUCCAGUACAGUUUGUAGUUCUCAUGAGCAAAAGCUACACUUGGAUCCUUCCUGCAGUGACACAGAUACCAAACGUUGGAAGAGGAAGCGAAGUGGCAGCCAUGAUGAUGAAAACUUAACAUUGGAACAGAGAUCCAAGAAAAGCCACUCUGACCAACCUGAAGAGGCAGAGUCUGGGCAAAGUGUUGGGGAGGGAGAGGAGCAGUGUAAGCUUCACCAGCAGGAUGUCACAUGCAAGGACACAGAAAAGGAAGUCAGUAAACCAACACCUGUAUCUCCAGAAAGCAAUAUGAAGCAAUUGCAAGAAAAUAGUGUUGUUGGGUGUUCUGACAUGAGCAAGCAACGGGCUGAGCUAAAAGAAAGGGGUUGGUUUCAGAAUGUGUCCUUAGACUCCACUGUGUCUUCCCCUUGGAGUUCACAAGAGAGAGUUAUCCCUGCUGGGAAGUCCCGGUGGGACUUCACAAAGAUCAAAUUCCCCAACAUCGCAGUUGAUUGUCCAAAGAUUAAGCUGGAUGCACCUGACCAAUCCCUCCUACCACCAAAUGUGGUCGCCGGAGCUUGGAGCUGGAAAUUUUCUCAGAUGUUUCAGAAUUUGUCCAAGAGUAAGAAGAGGAAAAUGAACAAGACCAAGUGCAAAGCUGGAAGUAAUAAGAACAAGCAGAACAAACAGUAUUCCAACUGGAAAGAAUUCAAGGAGAUGCGCAGAACGAAAAAUGCCCAAGGCAAGAAGUUGCCUGCCUAUCUAUGGAGGGAUAAGAUGGAACCGCUUGUAAAGCCGAGCCAAGUCAGCUCAGUAGGAGAAAUUCAACGAAGUAUCUGCAUCAUGGAGUCUGCGCAUAUCUUGGACAAAAUACCUAGGUUGCAAGAAAUCUCUGAGAGCAUUAGGAUUUCCUUUGACGUGUACCAAGCUGAUACUGUGGCAAAAUUCCGCAAAACCAAUCCUGGGAAACCCUUUUCAAGAAUGUGUGUUUGCAGCUUCGAUGGGCCAGUGCCAGACUUACGUGUGAUGAAGAAGCUAGCUUUUCAAAGUGGUGCAGUUCCUGUCGUGUUUGCUGUGGUGGAUAAUGGAGAUAUUUCUUUCUACACCUUCAAGGAAUUUAAAUUACCAGUCGAUAUUAUUCAUUGAUUCUGUUAGAGACUUGGAUUAUUUUGUAACAACACACUCUUGGAGUUUCCCUGUGUCUUUAGAGUUAAGUGGCAUUGCUUAAGUGUCUCAGAGGUCUGUUGAUCUGCUGCCAACAACAUGGUGGAGUUAGGCUAAUUGGGUAAUAUUGUAGUUGAAGUUGCAACCACUUGGAGCUUUUCAAAUAAAAUUUAUUUUUCCAAUUCAGGCAAACAACCUAGAUUGAACAAAGUACCCCUAGCUUUAAAAAGUCUCAAGUUCUCCAUAGUAUUUCUGGUGAAAAAUGCAUGGAAUUAUCCUGAUCAAAAUUCUACUUGUACCAACAAACAGCCAAUUGAGCUUUGAAGUUGGCUGCCCUGAGAGAAAACAGCAAAAUCUAAAAAUAAAAUCAAAGUUUAAUAUUUCUGUAACAGUAUCAGCUUUCUUCAUAUAGUACACUCCAUUAAUCAGGUGUACUUGGGACUUUAUGCAGGCUAAACCAGCAGAUUUGUUUCCAGACUAAGAGAUUUAUUGUUACUCCAGUACUCUUCAAAUUCACUUACUAUGUAGUUCAGAUUCUAAACAAAACAACAUUACAUUGUUAAGCAGUACAAGGGAACAUGGAAAAGAGAACAAAGUAAAUAUUAAAGUAUGGCAGCCAACAGAACUAGGUAAAUUUACAGGGAGUGCAUGGGGCUGGUGUCCUUUGAGACCCAGGGCCUGGAUGAAUGGAAACUGCAAACACUACGUUCAGAGCCACAUUCCGGAGUGUUGGCAUUUUGAGUGGUCAGUUGCAGAUUAGCAAAUUUUUACUCCAUUUGUUAUUGACUCCCUUUCUCAUCAACAAAAAGAUAACCACACUGUGUCAAGUUGCCCUGCAUUUUGCAGGAUUUUCUAAGAAAAAUCAUAGUGAUAUUUUUAUUAUAGUAUUAGCAUAUUUUGGUUUUAGAUUUGGAACGACUUUAAUUACAGGGAACUGAGCGUGGUUUAAUGUCGCAUUAUGUACUCCUUAAAAUGACACUGCAGGGUUGGACUGGGGAGAAAAAGAUCAUAAGAAUUAGCAGAAUUAGGCCAUUCAGCAUCUCCCAUCCCUCUCAACCCAUUCUCUUGCUUUCUCCCCAUUAUCUUUAAUGCCCUUUCUAAUCAAGAUAUCCAAUGACUGUCUGUGGCAAUGAAUUUCACAAAUUCAUCACCCUUUGGGUCAAGAAAUUGCUCAUCUCUGUUUUAAAGAGAUAUUCUUCUCUUCUGGAAGGAAAAGGAGGCAGGAAUGGUUGGAGAUCUAGCAAUACUUUUGGCCUAAACAAACUCGGCAAGUCAGGUAGUAUCUAUGGAAAGGAAUAAAGAAAUAACGUUUCAGGCUGAGACACUUUAUCAGGUUAAAAACAAUAAUGUAACUUUAUUGACAUUAAAGUCAAGAGGUUUUAUGAUUGUUGAAUGAAUGUUCUUGUAUAACAAUGCAUAUGCCACUGCAAAUUUACACACACUGCACUCAGAUUGGGGAGAUUGAUUUAUCUGUCUGCUCAUCAGAGUUUUAUGCCUCAAUCUCAUUUUCCUUCAUGAAUUUGUUUCAUUUUGUUUUACAUGUUGAUAUUCAAUGUCAUCAGAUUGUCAUGAAUUAAUAGACCCUCUUCAAAGCUAUUUUCUUUGUAUACUUUGUUUUUGUUAAAAUCCAGAUGUAAUGGUAUGAUGAUAUCAAUAAAUGGUUCUACAGCAA